GAGAGAGAAAGUGCUUUGUCAAUGUGGACACACGACGCUGGGAGCGGCAGAGAUUGAAACAAAGUUUCCAAAUAUCUCUAUCGGAAUACAAAAACAGAUUCAUUCUCUGUUGGAUUGUUUAAAAAAAAUCGAUAAUCCCUUCGUCGUAGACGGGGACACUGAAAUACAGUAAUAUUUGUUGUUUUCGUGCCUCAGAAGUUUCUUCCUCAUUUUUCAGACUUUCCACCCUUAAUGCAUUUUAGCACUGACAUUUUUGGGGAAUUAGUUAACCAUGGUGGUAAGACUGGCCCUUCACGUGGUCGCAGCAUACGCUGUCUGCCUGUCAGUGUGUCUGGUUGCGUCAGUCAGGGGAGAUCCCUGCCUCAUCAUCAGUGAGGUCAACGCAGACAACCCCAAACUGGACACCACUGAGUUCGUCGAACUCUACCACACUGGCGGUCAAAGGGUCUCACUGGAAGGCUACACCCUUGUGUUCUACAAUGGAAACGGCAAUAUAGCCUACAAAGUACUGGACCUGAAGGGCCACAUCACAGACGACCGGGGCUUCUUCCUGGUUGGCUCGGUGGACAUGCAGCCAAAACCGGCCAUCCCCCUCCCACCCAAUACCGUCCAGAAUGGCCCGGACGCCAUCGCGCUAUACCACACAUCCGCGGCACGCUACGGGGAGAAGAUGAAUGCCACAGCCGUGGGGCUGGUGGAUGCCAUCGUGUACAUGACGCGGCGGUCCGGGGGUGCGGAGGUUCUGGCCGAGACGUUGACCCCUGGGGUGCCUGCCUUCGUGGAGGAUGAGGGGGCCCAUGAGGGUGAUGAGUCCAUCGAGAGGUGCCUGGUCUCUGGGGAAAGCUGGGGCUUCCAGGUGGACCUGCCAUCACCUGGCCAACGCAACCGCUGCAUCCCCCCUGAUCCCAUCACUGCCACCACGCGUAUCAGCGAGCUGAAGCUGGGAGGGGGGCAGGUGGACGGGUUUGUGGAGUUAAGCGAGUCCCAGGCUGCAGGGCCUCUGGUGCUGCUGGUGCUGGACGGGCGGACGGACACGGUCAGCGAGAGUGUGGACGUGCACACCUCCAGGGAAGGCCUGCUCUCCAUCACCAUCGACAAGAACAACAUGAAAGGAGAUGAGUCGGGGGCAGUGGCGCUGUACAGUGGCAAGGCCUCUGACUUCCCUGUAGGCAGCCCCCUGAGCCAGACGCAGCCCCUAGAUGCCUUCGUGUUCGCUGGACCAGGAAACCAACCCAGCGCCAACCUCACAGAGACCCUUAUACCAGGCAGACAGCCCUACCAGCUCAGCGCCAGGUUUGGGGAAGGAGGCCUCUACCUCAGUCGCUGUGGUGUGGCCAGUUGGACCAGAGACCCUGGUGUAUUCUGGGAAGCGCCACAAACCCCCGGACAGCCCAACCAGUGCCCCUGGCCAAAGAUCUGCCCUCACGCCAUUGUGGUCCCUGGGGGUACAGAAGUGCCCCCUCACCUCCCUCCCUGGGGUCGGGGGGACUUUCUGAUCAGCGAGGUAAAUGCUGACAACCCGGGCUCGGCCGAGGACGGCGAGUUCAUCGAGCUGUGGCACCUGUCGGGCCGCCGCGUCUCCCUGCAGGCCUUGUGGCUCCUCCUGUUCAGCGGACACAACAGCAAGCCCUACCGCGAGAUCAGCCUCACAGGCCACUUCACCACUGCCCAAGGCUACUUCCUGGUGGGCAGUGAUAGGCUUGUCCCGGCCCCCUCGAUCCGCCUACCACCCAACACCAUCCAGAACGGACCGGACGCAGUGGCCCUGUACCGCAGCCCCUUCGGCCCGCCCUCUGCCUUUCAGACAGGGAUCCCCACCAAGGGGUUGCUAGAUGCAGUAGUGUACCGUUUGAGGGGCUCGGACAAGGACGCCCAGGAGCUGAGCGAUGCGUUGACCCCAGGACAGCUCCCCCUGCUGGAGGACCCGGAAGUGCAGCCCGGAGACGAGGCCUUGAGCCGCUGUAACGGCCUCCUGCCCGCCGACCUGUCUGCUUUCGUGGUGGCCCCACCCACACCUCUGAGGGAGAACUCUUGUCCCCGCCCACCCCCUCCCCCUGAGGGCGUGGUCAUCAGCGAGGUGGGCAGUGCCCGCUGGACCAACCACAGCCGGCAGAGGGGGUUUGUGGAGCUGCUAGGACCGCCCCUGACCUCCCUACAGGGCCUGGUCCUGACAGUGUUUGAAGAGUAUCGCACUGGUACGACCAUGGCCCUACCUCUGACCAGUAUCACUGACCACAACGGCUUCUACCUCAUCGGGAACGUCACUGGAGCAGACCAGGUGUUUCCCCAGGGGGCCACAAUUCCGGCCAAUGGAGCCGUAGUCCUGUGUUCUGACACAGUCACUGUGUGUAGAGCUGGUACCACCCUAACCAACAGCACUCUCCGAGACACCCUAGUGUUCAGUGAUGACCUGAGACUGCUCAUUAAACUCUCAGCCACCAGAGGGCAGCAGGUGAUGCCUGUACUCAGGUCAGUGGAGGAAGGUCCUGUCUCUCUCAGCCGUUGCUCCUGCUGUGAGGCGAGAAGCCCUUCCUCCUGGACCAGCUCCUCCCCCACCCCACGCCUGACCAACAUCUGCCCCAGCCCAGCCUUCUCCAGCGACAUCGACCUAUGCUUGGCGCCCCUCUCCGGUGAUUGGCAGGAGCACCCAGGAAACUGCAGUGGGCUGGUGCAGGGUCACAGUGAGAUGGAUGUGGCUGGCUACCUGGAAGAAAGAUGUCACUGUGGUAUCUCUGCCCUCUACCUGCAGGUGGCCAACUUCUCCUGUGCGGCCGGGUGGCUGCGUGUGCGGGGAAACAUCCAGGCCCUGUCGGACCACCAGAGGGCCCUCAUCCUCCAGACCUCCCCCACCCAGGGGGACACCUGCACCGGCCCGGCUACUGACCGACACAUGAGCACUGAGUCUGCCCUGGUCCUUCAUAUUGGCCUGGUGCUCGGAGCUCUACUGCUGCUGGGACUGGGAGCAGCCAUCUUUACCUACCUCUACAAAAAGAGGCGACCACUGGACUAUUACUCCAUGGAGUUGAAUGAACAUGGAGAGGGACUUUCUGAACUUUAAGUGUGUUUGUGUGUGCGUGCAUGUGAAGGAGCAUUCUUUAGCACUGGUGAGUGAAGGGAAGUUGUCCUGCCGUUUUUUUUCUUCAAACAUUGUGUUCUUCUGUCUGUGGUUUUGAAUGGGGAUCUCCCACUAGAUAAGGGACCAGCACCAUUUUUGUAAAUUGCCAUGCUUUUACAUUCCCUCCAUCAUAAUUCCCAGUUAAUGUUGCACUAGUUUUACUACUAUGUCAUAAUCAUGGUUUCACUGUUCUGUGCCUACAUUUUUUUUUGUAAUGUUCUCUUUUUAUUAAACAUAUCUGAAAGUGUAUGAAGUAACAAGACUACAAAUCUAAAAACAAUCAUGAGUUACCGGUACUGAAAGUUCUGUUGAUUUGUUUGGUUAAAAUGUGAAUGCUUGUGAUGAACCAGUGAUUAGUCUGUAACUUUUUUUUUUUUUUUGUCUUAUUUUUUACAUUUGGCAGAAUACAUGUUUACAUUCUAUUAGUUGAGGAAUAGAAAAGGAAUACGAAAGACCAUAUGGAGCCUCUCUCCUCUCCUGGAGCUAUGGAAUCCUUUAUAAGCACAAAGCCCCCCAAAACUGUUACAAAUGAUUCAAGAUUGGUCAGUAUUAAUUUGAAACUGUUUGUGUCCUAGCUGGCUUGCAAACCGCUAUUGUGCUUUUUUACUUUUAUAUGAGAUCAAAAAGGCCCGAUCUGAUGAGUAUUUUGUAGAGAAGAACUAUAGCAAUGUCUGUGAGAGCCUUGUGUGUAAAUUUGUUUUAAAUGUUCUCAGGGGGAACCUAUAUGCAGAAGCAACCAUGAAUACAACUAAUCACAUGAAAAAGGGUAUUUACUGUUAAAGAAGUAAUUAUAGGUUUGCCGAAAUGUUCAUGAUCAAAUUCAGAGCAAAAACCAGGCUGUCCUUUUGUAUUCAGUUCUAUUCUUUUCAAUCUGCUGGAAGUGCAUUGACUUUGAUCAGCUCCUUGACAUGGAAUAUAAUAAGACAGUGGUUUCCAACGAUUUCAAUGACUGCCCUACACAACACAAUCACUCCAGUCCUUUAAAGUUUAGUGGUCAUAGCACAGCCUUGUUUUUGCCCUAGAUUUGCUCUUUUUAAAAGAAUGGAACAGUUUGUGGCUUUGCUAUCAAAAUAGUUGUUAAACUGCUUUGAAAUGUCUCAUUGUUUUGUUUUCAUGGCCAAAUGUAUCUAGAUCAAUACUUUAUGUAAAGGUUAGACAUUUGAAGAAUGUGUCCUUUUAUUGCUCUUUUUAAACCACUUAAUCGUGUUAGUACAUUUCAAUUGAAUGCACUUUGGUAGAUAUAUUUUUUCAUGCCAUGUAGCUAAGUUUGUAUUCAAAUAAAUAGAUUUUUCUUUAGAUGUAUGAA